AUGCCACUCCCACCCCCACCCCCCGGCCACGUCAACUACAUAACGCUCGACGUCUUCACCAGCAAAGCCUACACAGGCAACCCGCUAGCCGUCGUCUUCCUCCCUCCACCUCCUGCCAUCUCCACCUCCACCUCCACCUCCAACACAACAACCCUAACCCAGCACCAAAAACAAACCCUGGCCCGCGAAUUCAACUUCUCCGAAACCAUCUUCAUCCACCCCGAGCCCUCCAGUAACAGCAGCAGCAGCAGCAGCAACAACAACAACAACAACAAAACCCACCGCACAAUCGACAUCUUCACGCCCACCUCCGAACUCCCGUUCGCAGGCCACCCCACCAUCGGCGCGGCCGUCUGGUUCCUCCACCUGCGUCCUUCAUCCCCUACCUCUACCCCUACCUCUACCUCCAACCACAACAAAGAAAACGGGAUAACGCACCUCAUCACCAAAUCCGGGACGAUCCCCAUCGCCGCUGUCCCCGCGAACGCAGCCGAGGGCGUCACCGCACGGAUCGCACAUGACCCGCACCAGCACGGGAAGCGGUUCCCUCUCCGCGAACUGCUGCGGCUGCACGGGUCUUUGGCGCCGUUCUUUGCACAAAACGACUCGGACCAGGGGGAGCAGCACCAGAAACAACAGGAAGAAAUCUCCUUCCCCGUGUUCUCGAUCGUGAGGGGCAUGUCGCAGGUGCAUGUGGAGGUGCCGUCGUUGGCGGCGUUGGGGGCGGUGACGACCUCCGCCGGCGGGGAGGUGGUGGGGCCGGAGAGUGGGUUUAUGGAUGUCGCCGAUGGGUGGGCGGUGGGGCAUUGUGUGCUUUAUUUCUACGUGAGGGGGGUGCCGGACGAGGAUAGCGGCCGAGAGGUGAUACGCACGCGGGCGAUGAUUGGGAAUGUCGAGGAUCCGGCGACGGGGAGCGCGGCGUGUGGGUUGGCGGCUUAUCUAACUUUGACGGAGGGGGGCACACCCACGGUGAAGAAGAGGGGGUUUGAGUUUGUGCAGGGGGUGGAGAUGGGGAGACGGAGUGAGAUUGGCGUGGUGGUAGAGAUGGGCGACGAUGCGCGGACGAUUGCGCAUGUGGAUCUCAAGGGGAGUGCUGUGAAGGUGUCCGAGGGGACGAUUGCGAUUCCCCCGGAGUAG